CCAACUGACUCUGGAGGGGCAACAACACAGACACAAUGGCCCGGCUGUCUAUUAUCACCUUAAUCUGCAUCAUUGCUACAGCUUCUGCUACAAUAGCAGAAUAUGAACUGGAGUCCCAGCCUUUGUUACCAUGUGAGAUUGCAAGAGAAAAAUCCCUUUCUAUUGGCGGAGACUACAUCCCGCAGUGCUCGGAGGAAGGACUAUACAGAAACAUGCAGUGCAACCGGAGAGGCACCAGCUGCUGGUGUGUAAAUUCUGAUGGGAUGGAGGUAGCGGGCAGCAGACAAACGGCUUCUCCUCCUAUAUGCUUAUCCUUUUGCCAACUCAAAAAGCAGCAGAUCUUGGUCAGUGGAUAUAUAAACAGCAGCUCGACUUCCUAUAUCCCACAAUGUAAAAACUCCGGGGAAUACGAAGAUGUGCAAUGCGAUCGGCAGCUCAGAGAGUGCUGGUGUGUGGACAACGAGGGGAUGGAGAUCUAUGGAACGCGACAGAUUGGCAAACCAACACAAUGUCCAAAGAGAUGUGCCGUCAGAGAUCGGCGGAUUCUGCAUGAUGUUGGGGAGAAGGUCCCCCCUCAUUGUUCUGAGGAUGGUGGAUUUCAGCCUGUCCAGUGUAAACUCGUCAAUACAACAGACCAGAUGGUUGUUGACCUUGUGACAACGUUCAGCAGGUCUCCAGAUUCCUUCAAGUCAUUCAGUUCCCUUCGGGAAUCUUUCCCAGAGAUUUCGGGAUACUGUUACUGCGCCGAUCUGCUUGGCCGCGAGCUGGCGGGAACCGGAGUAGAGCUCCUGCUUGAUGAAGUCUAUGACACGGUCUUCUCUACAUUCACCCGUUCACGAACAUUCACCGAAACCGCCAUCUAUCGGAUCCUACAGAGGCGAUUUCUGGGAGUACAGCUCAUUACGUCUGGCAAGUUCAGAUGUCCUUCAGCAUGUGAGAUCCAGAGGUUUACUGCAUCCCAAAUGGGGGAUAUAUAUGUGCCAACUUGUGAUGAAAAUGGUGACUUUGUGCCCACCCAGUGCCAGGCUAAUGGACUGUGUUGGUGUGUGGACCUCACAGGACGGGAGAUCUAUGGAUCUCGAGUGGUGGGAAAGCCUCUACAAUGUGAUAUCUACCAGGACUGCCCUGUAAAAAGAAGACAAGCUCUUUCUACUCUAUUCUACGGACCAACAGGUCACUUUGUUCAACAAAGUUUGUUCUUGACACAAGGGGAAGAGUUGGGAACCAAGAUAGGCUUUAAUUAUUGCCCAUCCUACAUAGUGGAAACCUUCUCAGAUUCAGGACUACUGUUUGAACUGGCAACAAGUGUGGGACGUCCUCUCGAGAGUUUCAUUGUUGAAAUGAUUAAGGGAAUUUUUGAAUCCAAGGAACAGAUCCAGCUUGCUCUGAAAUUUACUUUUAACCCUAUAAGAUUUCAACAGAAUCUGUUUGGUGGAAAAUAUCUCAAGAACUUGGGUUCAUUCAACUUUACAGGAGCAAUUGGUGCAAAAAACAAAUUCAGUUUUAGUGAUUUUUUCCAGCAGAUUGGUCUAACAGGAUUGUACAGUGGAGGGAACUUUAAAGAGCUUGCUAAGUUAUUCUCUUCUGAAGAAGAUUCUUAUUUGAGUCGUGAUGCCAACAUUUCAAAACCUGUCUUCGACCUUCACCAACCUAUUCUGGCUAGUUUUGGUCGCACUGUAAAUUUACAGGAAAACCAGAAACGAGUUGGGUUCUUUUCAUCCGUCUUAGAACGUAAAGAAUUUGCAGCCUUACUCCGAGACAUCGCUUCCAUGCCACCAAGUAUUGCUGAGGAUAUUUCUGAGGCCGUGAAGAUAAUUAUGGCUUCUAAAGACUGCAGAAAAGGCAAGGAGGCUCUUGUUCCAACUUGUACAAAAGAGGGCAAAUAUGAAGAAAUUCAGUGUGAUCAGUCUGAGUGUUGGUGUGUAGAUGAAAAAGGACGGGAAAUUCCAGGAUCGAGAACAAUGGACAAGAAACCAAAAUGUCCAUUAAAAUGUGAGAAGGAAAGAGAGAGUAAAAUACUCCUAAGGAAAAGUCAGCCUGCUGGAUCUGAUUUGUUCAUUCCAGCCUGCGACCAGAACGGGAACUAUAGAGCGGCGCAAUGUACCGGCAAACACUGCUUUUGUGUCGAUUUAGAGGGCAGGAAUAUUCCAGGAACUCAGAAACUGUUUGGAGAAAAUGUUCAAUGCCCGAGUUAUUGUCAGAUGGCUGCCAGCAAUGCCUUUGUUCAAACAGCUAACAUCCUCUUAUCUGGUCCUGAGGAACUUCCUGAGUUGUCCAAAGUUUACAUUCCCCAGUGUACCCUUAAUGGUGAAUGGAGCAAUGUGCAGUGUAGUGGUCCCACUGAACAAGCCUUUGAGUUCUAUGAGAGAUGGAAAACACUGAAUGCAAACAUCUCUUCACUUGAAACUCUAAGCGUACUGCUAACAUAUAAAGAGUCAACAUUGCAGAGAUUUUCCAACUUUCUCCAAAAACUGUAUGACCAGGGACACCAGAAUGUGUUUCCUGUGCUCUCCCAAUACAUCCGUUUCAGUGACCUUCCAGAAGAUGUUCUAUCUGGGAAUCUAACCACAGUGCCAUCAGAUAAUUUACUGUUCAACCCUUAUAUUUUUUGGAGAUUGUUGACAGGUAGUUUGAGUAACUAUCCAGGUUCGUACAGUGAUUUCUCUUCACCACUUGGCCACAUUGAGCAACGUAGCUGUUGGUGUGUUGAUCUUGAUGGGCAGAAAAUUCCAGGAAUGGAAAAUGUGUCAAAGAAGGUCCCAAAAUGUCCCAGAACGUGUGAUCUGGCCAGAAUGAAGUCCCAGCAGUUUGUGGAGGAGGCACAGAAAAUUAUUGGUGCUUCCAAUGUCACCCAUCUCCCCCUGGGACUCAGUUUCUUGCUGGCCAACGGUAUACAGCUGUCAGGAAGAGAUCUAAUGUAUACAGAGGAAUACAAAUCUGUGAUCGCACUGUCUGAAAGUUUCUUGAGGAAGGACAUGUACGCUAUACAGCUUGCGGCAUACUCAACCUUGAAGUUCUUCCAGGAAAGCAGAUUUGGUAGCAGAGAGACUCUGCAGCUGUCCUAUGCUCCGUAUAUCCCUCAGUGUGAUGGUCUUGGAAACUGGAACCCUAUGCAGUUUUAUCAAGGAACUGGUCACUACUGGUGUGUGGAUAAUAAAGGAAGCUACCUUGAAGGGUCCCUGGUAUCACGGACUUCUAUCCCCCCGAAGUGUCAAACACAAUGCCAACGAGCUGAAACAAAAGCCCUGAUCUCCAGCUGGUUGCCAAGAAAAUCUUCUACUCUUAGUACUGGCACAUAUGAAGAAUUUAUACCAACGUGUACAGAGGCCGGGCAGUAUGUUCCUUUACAAAGAUCAGACACAGAUUCUUGGUGUGUGAGUCCUGUGAGUGGUGAAGCCAUCCCAAAAGACGUUAAGGCCUUAAAGAACACAAAUUGUCCAAGCCCCUGUGCCAUAUUGACUGAAGACAUUGCACAAGGUGGAGGGAUCGGUGUUGUUUGUAGCGGGAAUGAGACCCGGGAGCAGUGUGACCCGGAUAGCAAUGUGUGCUAUUGCCUAUUCCCAACCGGUGAGGAGGCUGCUGGGACUCGGGUCCCCAUGACGGAAAGGUCAGGCUCCCUGUGCCAGGCCCCGGUGUGUCCACUUCCUUUUGGCAUCAAGGAAAUCAAACACGGAUCUAUAUUCUGUUCUGAGCUCCUGGAUUCUGGGAAAAAGGUGCAGAAAUGUCAGCUUGUGUGUCAGAAGGGCUACACCAACCUAUUCUCUACUUCUACAUUCACAUGUGACCCCAAUUCUCAUCUCUGGAUACUGCAGCCACCGCACAGCCAGCCCUGCCAGAGGAUGGAGCCAUUCAGUAUGAUCCAGACUCAGGCUUGGUUCCAGCUCUUGCUCCCCGCUGGUAAGAUGUGUACCGAUGACUACGCUGGAUUAUUAGAAGCAUUUAGAACCUUUAUAUUGAAUGAUCUGAGGGCCAGAGGACUCUGCCAUAUCCAGGUGACCACGUUCGGAGGCGAGGGUACCGUACCCCUAUGUGAUGAUUCCACUAUCCACGUUGAGUGUUUGACGUCUACUCGUAUGGGAGUAAAUGUGACCUGGACUGCCCAGAUAUAUCAAAUCCCAGAAUCCUCGCUGCCCACUUUACGUGACAUCGAGAAUGCGCUGGCGACGGAGAACGUGGUUGGACGCCUGCUAUCAGUUAUCGGAUCUGGCAGCUAUUCCCUGGAUUUGGAUUCCAAGCUCUUUGUGGCAGACAAGUCUGAUUUCCUCCCUAAAGACUCCUCCACACAGGUCAGACUGAGCUGUGCUAAAGGAUUCCAGAAGUUGCUGAAAUCUCGGGCAGACGAAAUUGAGAACGUUGCUGGAUGUGGGAUUUGUCCAGCGGGAAGUUACUCUGAAGAUGAGGAAUGUGUGCCUUGUCCACAUGGCUUCUACCAGGAGAAAUCGGGGAGCAGCCAGUGCCUAAAAUGUCCUCCGGGCACCACCACUGCCUAUGCUGGAGCAUAUAAACCGAACCAAUGUGUCACGCAUUGUCAGGCCAAUACUCGCGGAUUACGCUGUGAUGACAAAGGACAGUUCCUGCCUUUACAGAGAGAUGGACCAACUGAGAAGUAUUUCUGUGUUGAUAAUGGCGGGAAGAAGCUGACAUGGACGGAAACUGACCAGGAACUCCGAAAUGACCAAUGCUUACUGCUACAAAAGUUUGACUUGGUCCCAGAAGACGGACUAAUUGUUGAUGAUGGAAAUAUGGGGAUUGCACAGUCCACAUCAGUUAAGUCACUUCAGAAGACCCUUUUGGAAUGUAUUGAUGAUUGCGCAACAGAUGAAUCAUGUGACUAUGUUACGGUAUCUGGGAAUAGCACAGGGGUGACCUGUGAGAAGUAUAACGGAGAAGGUUCAAAUAUCGUCUGUUCCACCAAUAAUCAGGUUCAGACUGCUCUGGGGAACUCUGCCGCCACCAGUAUGGAGGGACUCCGCUGCCAGCAUAAAGUCAGACUGUCCUCUAUAGAAGACAUAAGCGUGUACAGAAAGAAAGGAGAAGAAUUUCCCUCCACCGGUCACAGGGACUUUAAGCGCACUGACUUCGGGAACACUGUAUCCGGUGUGUAUAGCGCAACUCUUUUCCCAGGAGGCGGAGCCAGUUUAACAGAUGGGUAUUAUGUCUGUCGUCAGAUGUGUGAACAGGACGCCUGCUGCACUGGAUUCAUAUUGAGCAAGAUUAUAUUAAAUAAAGGUACAAUUGUAUGUGGAUUGCUAAGGUCUCCAAAUGUCUUGCUGUGUAAUAAGAAUGACUGGAGCAGCACAUCACGGUUGGGCGGAGAGGGAAUCUGCAGAGGGGUCGCAUCCAACAAGCAGAAGAAAAUGUUCUCAUUCUUCUUGGGAGGACAAGAGUUCACAGGAAGCUACUCUUUGUUGUCUCAGAGUGUUGGGAUGGUGGAGUACAGCACAGAGCUGACCGAGGACGUCAAAGAAGAGAUUCAGGCGCUUUUCACUGGAUUCCAGAGUGUCUUCUUACGCACAGAUGUUAGGACUGUGACCAAUGAGGCUGAAUGUCCGCAGAGGACUUCCCAGAACAAUUCUAAUAUUACAGAGUCUGUACGGGACUUGUUCCUUCCUGUAAAUGAUAAUGAAGUUGUGAUAAACCAAGAUAUUGUCGUAGCACACACAGAGUACUGGAUUGCCAAAGAUCGUUACACACCCGAACAAGCCCAGAACUGGUGUCUUUCCCGCUGUAAAGAAGAAGAGUCCUGGUGUCGUCUGGUAGAAUUGCAGGACUCGAUGAAGCAAUUCUUCACGUGUAUCAUAUACCCGGACACAUGGAAUUGUAAUAACUAUACGGACCUCGUUCCAGCUACUUGUGACAUUGUGCUGAACCAUAAGCCCCAGAGCUUGUAUCGCAGGAAAGAGACUCUCAGUAAUAAAGUAAAAAACUUCUACGUACCUGUGGUGUACCGCAAGCUGUCGGAGAUAACUGUGAGAAACCGGAUAACCGUGUCUGGAGAAAGUGUUUCUAAAGGAUUUUUCCUGUGUGAGCUUCACUGCGAUGCUGACCCGUGCUGUAGAGGGUUUGGAUACAUACAGAGGCCUGAGAUACAAGGGCUGGAGAGGAUCUGUGUAACAUUGGCCAGUUUAGGUGUACAGUCUUGUCCUGAAGACACACAAAGCUCACUGGGCAUUACCAACUGCAGUUCUCCUGAUGAAGGGAUGAAGACAUCUCCAUUUGGCUGGUACCAAAAGCCAGAAGAUCAGGGGUCAAUUACGCAAGGGCUUUGCCCAACUGCUGAUGUUCUGAAGACCACAAAGCCAGUGCUGCUGGAUGAUUGGAUAACCCUGGACCCCAGUGCUGUGAACAUUGAUCCAUCCCUGUCCAAUUAUGAUGAAGUGAUGAUCAGCCGGGGAGCGUCCUAUCAGCUCAGCACAGUGCAAAGUUACUGUCUGUCAGAGUGUGCACGGGUCCCCACGUGUGUAACCACUACUAUCAAUGUGCUACGGGCUGCCAUAAAAUGUGUAUUUUAUCCAGAAACACAAAACUGCUACUACAGCCUGAAAGGACAUCACUGUCAGCUAUUGGUCAGAGAAUCCGCAACCUAUACUUUCAGGAAGCGAGCCACUGCCCGUCCCCUGACAUCAGUAUCCAUUCCUCAGGGUAUUAUUGAGGGCAGAUCUCAAGCUGUUCUUAUUGGUUCAGAUGUUAGGACCGUGAACCAAUUCCUUGGUGUCCCUUAUGCUGCGCCACCUACUGGGGAGAACCGUUUCCGACCUCCGCAACCGUACACCUGGACGGGCACAUGGAAUGGCACUUUUGCCAGGUCAAGCUGCCUACAGCCGGGAGAUGGGAAGGCCCAGUACUCUUCUGUUAGUGAAGACUGCUUGUAUCUAAAUGUCUUUGUUCCCCAUGUUACUAGAUCAAACACAGCCAUUCUCUUGUACUUCCAUAACAGUCCCAGUGACUAUAGUGAGACCGGGCAGACCUCUAUUGACGGAUCAUACCAAGCUGCAAUAGGGGACAUUAUUGUGGUGACUGCAGGGUACAGAGUUGGUGUCUUUGGUUUCCUAAGUGCAGGUAAGACUGUGCCAACCGGGAACUGGGGGCUUCUAGACCAGAUCGCCGCCUUGAAAUGGGUCCAGGAAAAUAUUGCUUAUUUUGGCGGUGACCCCGAGCAGAUCUGUGUUGGUGCGGAUGGAGCAGGUGCUGAUAUCUCCAGCCUCCACUUAUUGUCAGCAGAGAACAAAGCCAUCAGACGAGCUGUGCUAAUGGGAGGUUCGGCCUUUUCUCCGAUGUUGGCGGUCAGUGAGAGAAGAGCACAGGAGCAGGUGAAGUUCUUGGCGGAGGAGGUGGGCUGUUCAGCUGCAGACGAUGAAGGAACGCUGGCGUGUUUGGGCAAAGUGGACGCCAUCGCUCUUAAUGUUGCCCAGACCAAGCUUCUCGCAGUCCGCGGACCCUUCCAAACAUGGGGACCCGUUAUAGAUGGAUCCUACCUGAGGGACUCGCCAACAAGACUUCUCCAGCAGAAGACUGCCCAGAGUAUAGACCUGUUCAUCGGAAGUACUGAGCAUGAUGGGCUGAUCAGCAGGGCCAAGGCUAUUAAGAGAUUUGAAGAAAGUCAAGGAAGAGGAGACAGCAAGAUGUCCUUCUAUCAGGCUCUUCAGAACUCCUUAGGAGGAGAGGAGAUGAAUCCGCUCGUCCAAGAGGCCGCUGUUUGGUUUUACUCUCUUCAACAUUCCACUGAUGAUUAUUCCAGCUUUUCCAGAGCUUUGGAGAACUCCACACGAGACCACUUCAUUGCAUGUCCAGCAGUCAAAAUGGCCGAUUACUGGUCCAAUAACUCCGAAGGUCGCGUCUUCAUGUACUACGUUCCUGAGACUUACUCACAGAGCAGUUCCGGUCUGGAUCUGCCUGAAGAUGUCAUUUACACUUUUGGAAUUCCUUUUCACUCGCUUUAUAGAAAUCAGUUUUCUGAUGAGGAGAGGAAGCUUUCCCUACAGAUCAUGCAGUACCUGGCUAACUUUGUAAAGACGGGAAACCCCAACUUUCCAUACACUUAUUCCAAGAAAAGGAAAGUUGUGUUGCCACCAUGGCCCGAAUAUCGGACACAGAGUGCCGGCGGAAAAUUCAAAGAGUUUACUAAGAGGCUGCCGAAUGGUCGGGACCUGAAACACAACGAAUGUUCAUUCUGGAACGAUUACAUCCCGGCACUUAAACUGUCUACAAGUGUCAAGUUUUCCUCUGGGUCCCCCACAAAAAGUUCUAAAAGUGUAUCACCAUCUGCAGUCACCCAAGCCGGUCCAAGGAAAGACAAAGAGUCAUACAACUAGCUGGCAGCCGGGAGGAGUGAUGCUCUCCUGUCCGCUCUUCAUGCCAGGCUCCCUGGUCCAAACACGCCAGUUAUGAGGAUUGUAAUAAAACCCUCUCUUGUCUGUCCGGUCCUGAAUGUUCAUUUCAUUCUGACAUAAUGACUUGCGCCUUUCUUUUAUACAAUAAACUGAUUCAAAACCUGUUA